CCCAAAUGGAAACAUAUAAAAUGCUGGAAUUACCGAAAUCUGCAAUCAGUUCUUGGCAGAAAUUCGUAGAAAAAUGCAACUCAAAAAUAUUUGUUUGCCUCUGCUAGUUAUCCUGUUGUUCGGCAUUAUUGUUUGCCAUGCUGGAACCUUUAAACCCUUCGUACGCAGUCGUUACAGUUUGCGCUGGCGCAAAACAACGGAAACUCCCAAGCUAUGGGAUUCGACGACCUCUUCACCCAAAAUAGAAGUGGCAGCAACAUCGAACACUGUGGAAGAUAUUAAAAAAUUGGUUGAGACAUCAACAGCCGCAAUUAUUGGUGGAGGAACGGUUAAAACUUCUACACAUUCGCCGGAUUAUGAUUAUUAUGGAAAUAAUGAAAUCGAGGACAAUGAUCGUGCCCAGAAUGUCAGUACUUAAAGCAGAAUAUGAAUAUAAAUUUUUGAAAAUAUGUAUUACAUUCCUACAAUUAUAUUUUGAAUAAAGAUUUUAUAUUAUUAACAAAA